CGACUGAAGGAGGGAAUGGGUGGUGGUCGGAAGGCCGAGGAGAAUGAAGACUUUCUCGACAAAGCCGUUGACUCCUUCCAAAAGCAUGUGCUCCAUGAAGGAGAUCAGAGUGACGAGAGCGCAUUGGAGCAACUGAAGGACGAGCAAAUUGCCAGUGCUAUCCGGCGUCAG